AUGCCUCGUAAACGCCAAUCUCAGACUGUUUCUGCCACCUCGGUUCCUAACGCUAUCAUUCCACCAAGUGGAAAUUAUAGUAUCCCUACUCUUUUGCGAGAAUUACACAGCCUAAUUCAUCAGUUACAGGAUGAACGCACUCGUGGUGCAAAUAGUUUACUUAAUAUUAGAAAAACCCAUGACCGGAUGAAAAGCGAACAAAGAGUGUCCAUGUAUUUCAAGCAAAAACUGCGUGGAUUGUAUACAUCCGCUCAAGCUGAUGCUAAGAUUGAAGCAGAUUUAAUUAGGAAAGCUCUGGAUAAAAUAGCCUUGAUAAAUGCAUUAAAGAGUGACAAGAAACAAGGUGGUCGAACGCCAACCAAUCAAUCUGGUCAUAAUGAAGAAAGCAGUAUUAGCAGAAAGCCGGCUCCUGUUCGUAAGAGUGUACUGAUGUCUAUUCUCCAACAAGAAGCAGCUGAUCUACCGAUUUGGAAUGGCAAGUUAUCUGAGAGCCCUCCUCCACUCUGCGGUUGUAUUCCUGCUGAAAGUGGAUAUGUAGCAAAGCCUGGUGAUAAGGUUGCAGCAAAAGUGAAAGUUGAUGCUGAUGAAGAUCAGUGGAUUCUUGGAGAAGUGGCUUCUCAUAGCACAUUUUCUAAUAAGUACGAAAUCGAAGACAUUGAUGGAGAAGGAAAGCAUGGAAAAGAGCGAUAUCAGCUUCCAUGUCGUCGUACGACCCCGUUGCCUAAGUAUAAAGCAAAUCCUAGCACCCAUCCUCAGGCAUUGUAUCAAAAACAUCAGCAAGUAUACGCCUUAUAUCCUCAAACAACUUGCUUCUACUUUGGUGUGGUACACAGUCGGCCUUCCACAAUUGAUGAGGAGUAUCUUGUGUCGUUCGAAGAUCCAAGUUAUGAGCACGGUUAUUCUCCCCCGCUUCCAGUUCCACAGCGUUACAUAUUUACAACAAAAGCUCAUCAACGCAAGAAGUAG